AUGGCGUCACUAAACACGGAGCUUGCGCUUGUGAAGCGAUUUCACGCAUUGAGCAAAAACUACGAUAACCGUCCGGUGGUUGCUCGCCGCAGCACGCUUCCGGCGCUAGUCCGUUUUCUAGGGAGCAAAGAUAGAGAAACACGAAAGUACUCCCUCGCAGCUUUGCAUCUCUUAGCAGAGCACCCUGAGAAUGUGGAGCUGCUCGCCGAGGAGGAUGGACUUGUACAGAAGGUCUUUAGGGUGCACAAGGACGCCGAGUACGAUGAUCCAGAGCUCUACGAGCUGACGAACCAACUUCUUGAUCUCCUAGAGCCUGUUCUUCUGGGCCAGGACCCCAGAAAGAAAGAGGUGCCUGAAGAGAAGAGCAUGGGUUGUAGCGGCAGCAACAAUUGCAUGGAGGACAAUACGGUGGAUACCAGCUUUUCUUUGGCACGACGAAAACGAGCUGCUCGCGUCUUGCACGGCGUUGGAUCCGACGCGAUCCACACUGUUAUUCUCGAUAUACCCGCCCUUGACCCUCGAAACGGGGAUGACCUCGCAACCAUUGAAGACAUUUUUCAGUCCACGCGUGGAGUGUUGUCGUACUCCAUCUUCUUAGAACAAGGACAGGCGCAGCUGUUUAUGACAUGCGAAACCCGAGCCGUUCAGCAGUCGCUGUUAGACGCAGGCUUUGAGUCCGUUGUGGUGCGGGAUGACAUAGUUAACCGGGGCAUUUUUGGUGGGGAUGAGGGCGAUCGCACAAGUAACAAUCGUAGCUACUACGACGGAGAGACCCCGCCGAAGCGGCCCUCGUAUCUGGAGAGCUUUACUAACACCCUUUAUGAGACGGCGUUGGUGCUGCGUGGCGGCGGCAGUCAAGAUGACAGCCUGUCCAGUCGCGUGAGGCGUCAGCAGGACCGUGAGCAACGAGGGACCUCCACGUUGGGCUACGUGGCGAAUGCGUUGUCAAAGUGGUGGUGA